UCAAAGUUAAGCACCAAACCAUUUCGCGAGUUUGAUUAUUCAACUACCUAAAACUCCGCCGUUAUUAUAAUAAAAUCAUAAAAUAGCUGAUAUUUUGACACCACCCUUCGCCUCCUCAUUUUCUGUGUCUAGUUUCGACACAUUGUUCAAUUUGAGAGCACAGGAGAGAAAGAUGGCAGCCAGUGGAAUAUCCAGUUGGGCGGAUGCAGCGGAAGAGCAGGAACAAAUUUUGACGACUCAGGUCAACAGUUUAAAAAUCCAGCAGAGCACGACUAGAGGGUCUGGAGCCGGCGACAGCAAUGGACAAGUGGCAAGCCCAGCAGCAACGACGAAGGAAGACGACGACAAAGUCACACCGGCUGAGCAGUCAAUUAUUCAAAAGAUUUUACGUACUCGUCUUGUCGAAACAUCACAGCAAAAGUUGGAAGUUAUUCGAAAAGAUCCAAGUUCUCCACUCUAUUCGGCAAAAACAUUUGAAGAGCUCAACUUGCGACCAGAAUUGUUGAAAGGGGUUUACGCCAUGGGAUUCAAUAGUCCGUCGAAAAUCCAAGAAGCGGCUCUUCCUCUCCUUUUGUCGAAACAGCCGAUGAAUUUGAUUGCACAAUCUCAAUCUGGAACUGGGAAGACGGCUGCAUUUGUUCUUGCCAUGUUGAGCCGGGUAGAUCCUAAUGAACAUUACCCACAAGUUCUCUGUCUCUCUCCAACUUAUGAGUUGGCAAUUCAAACUGGUGAAGUACUCAAGACAAUGGGAAAGUUUUGCCCAGAAAUUUCAGUAAUAUUUGCUGUUAAGCAAGAACAGGUUCCACAUGGUGAAAAGAUUCGGGAUCACAUUAUUAUUGGAACUCCUGGAAAAGUGACUGAUUGGGCAUUUCGAUCUCGAGUUUUUGACCUGGCCAAAAUCAAAGCAUUUGUUUUGGACGAGGCUGACGUCAUGAUUGCGACCCAAGGCUACGGUGACCAAAGCAUUAAGGUCCACAGGAAGCUGCCUAAAUCUUGUCAGAUGAUGUUGUUUUCUGCCACAUACGAUGAUGAAGUGAUGCGUUUCGCUGAAAAUUUGAUACCUGAUGCCACUGUGAUGAAACUUCGCAAAGAGGAAGAAAGUCUGGACAACAUUAAGCAGUUUUACAUUGACUGCAAGAAUCAAGAUGACAAGUAUCGAGCUAUUGCAAACAUUUAUGGAGCGAUUACAAUCGGUGGAGCGAUCAUAUUUUGUCAGACUCGGCGAACAGCUGCAUGGCUUUCACAGAAACUUACACAAGAUGGUCACUCUGUGGCACUUCUUUCUGGAGACUUGGAUGUUACGCAGCGUAUUGCCGUGCUCACAAGAUUUCGAGAGUCUCGAGAAAAAAUUCUCAUAACCACAAAUGUCCUGGCUCGAGGUAUCGAUGUCGAACAAGUGUCACUAGUUGUGAAUUAUGACAUUCCCACCGACGUCAAUUUCCAACCAGAUUGUGAAACUUACUUGCAUCGAAUUGGGCGUACUGGACGCUUUGGAAAAAUGGGCCUAGCUAUUAACUUGGUGGACAGUGGAAAGAGCCGACAAAUUUUGAACUAUAUUCAAGCACAUUUCAAGGUAAACAUUAAAAAACUUGACGCUGAAAAUAUUGAAGAGCUGGAACAACUGGAAUCAUCCUAAUUAAAAUAAUACUUCUUAGUUAUUAUUGUUUAUUAUUCAAACAUAUUUAAUUAAUUAUUUGUUCUAAUUAUUACUUUCUUCCCUACUAAUUUGUCUAUCGUAAUUGCACAUAAAAUUUAAUUCAGAAAUUUAUGGGUAUUUAAGUGUGUUAUUCAAAUUUGUCAAAAAAUUUACGUGUUUGUAUUUGAUCCUUAAAUGAAUUGUCAAAAUGACAGUAUCUUAGCUUUAUAUCGUAUCAACCAAAUAAGUAAUUUUAUAUUCCCAUCAUCGUAAUAAAAUAUUUCUACUCUUAUUAUUGUAACAAUUGACCACAACAUAAUGAAAAUUGCCAAUAAUAUAAA